GGCUCCCUCACGGUGACCGCAGUCCGCCUCUCCGGCUCUGUGUCUGCUGAGACCGCCGUCAUAUUGCUUGCUUGAAGCAGCAGCGACCACAGCAGAAAAAAGACCCCCACCAUGAUGAAGAACGGGCUUUCGCGACACUUAAAGACCGAUUUAGCUUUUAAGUAAUUUUGAUGCAGAUUUUAGAAAAUAAUUUUUAAAGUAUUCGGGAUGAUACUAUCAAGUAUCCGUGUACCUUUAGUGCUUUCAUCCGACACCGUGGUCCGCAAGGGGGAUAUAUGCCUGACUUCUCUUAAUAGCCAUUUUUUGCAGACAAAGAGAGCUGUUGAAUAGGGCUUUCAGGAGGCACGAGGGUCCCAGGGGCUCCUAUUAAUGAAGAAAGUGGGCAACAUGUGGAGCAACCUGAAGAGCAGAUGCCAGACACUGUUUCACAACAACAGUUCAGGACCUAAUGAAAGCAGGGUUGAGGCAGAUAACAUCCACUGUGUGGUGGAUCUUGGUCAAGGAGGCAGCUCAGGUGAGGUUCAGGCAUCAAGAGCAUCCAGCCCAUCACGGAGCCUCCUACCAGUGCCAAUGGUAACAGCAGGGCGUCGCCAUCAUAACUGUGUGUCAGAUAUCCCUCAGAUUGUAGAGAUCACUAUUGAUAAGGACACUGAGGAUGUUCGAGGGGGCUCGGGGGGUGUUCCUCUGGCCCGGAGAGACUCUUAUUCCCGUCAUGCUCCAUGGGGAGGCAAGAAAAAACACUCAUGUUCCACAAAAACCCAGAGCUCUCUGGAGGCAGAUAGGCGGUCUGGGCGCUUACGAGGGAGUGGAAACCGUAGGGACAGGCGGUAUGGAGUCAGCUCUAUUCAGGAGAUGAAUGACUCUGUAUCUGGAGGACGUAGUCUGAAUGCUCGGUCUUUGCGCCAGCGAUUAAGUGAGACGGUUGGUUUGUGCUUACCCCUGCCUGCUCGCAGACGCUCCCGCUCUUCUAAGAACCCUGUCGCCUCCAAACGUAAGAUUCACCUGACAGAGCUCAUGCUCGAGACCUGUCCCUUCCCACCAGGCUCUGACCUUGCUCACAAGUGGCACUUGAUCAAACAGCACACAGCACCAGUCAGCCCGCAUUCCUCCACUGCCCUUCUGGAUGCCUUUGACCCGGCCCACCCCUCUCCUGAGGAUGAGGAGGAACGUCUGCGUGAACGCCGCAGACUUAGUAUCGAGGAAGGUGUGGACCCACCACCUAAUGCACAGAUCCACACCCUGGAGGCCUCAGUGCCAGGUUCCUCUCUCUACAAACUGGGACCAAAGAUGGCUCCUGGCAUGGGAGAGGCCUCUGGGGAGGGCCGGGGCUCAGCGGCUGGCAGCUCUGGGUCCGGAUCAUCAGGGGCCUGUGCUCAGGUGCUGGGGGCUGCAGCAUCAGCCCAGGACUGUGACUCUGAGGAGGAUUCAACUACCCUGUGUCUGCAGGCCAGGAGGCCCAAACAGAGGCACGCCUCUGGGGAUGGUAACCUGAGCCGGCAGCAACCUGGACCCUGGAAGGUCCACACCCAGAUAGACUACAUCCACUGCCUGGUGCCAGACCUAUUGCAGAUUACAGCUCUGCCCUGCUACUGGGGCGUAAUGGACCGCUAUGAGGCAGAGGCACUGCUGGAUGGACGGCCUGAGGGCACCUUCCUGCUGCGUGAUUCAGCCCAGGAGGACUACCUCUUCUCUGUUAGCUUCCGCCGUUACAAUCGGUCCCUGCAUGCACGCAUCGAGCAGUGGAACCACAACUUCAGCUUUGAUGCUCAUGACCCUUGUGUUUUCCACUCUUCCACCGUGACAGGACUGCUGGAGCACUACAAGGACCCCAGCGCCUGCAUGUUUUUUGAACCGCUGCUAACAGCGCCUCUCCAUCGGACCUUUCCCUUUGGCCUCCAGCACUUGGCACGAGCUGCCAUCUGCCGCUGGACCACUUACGAUGGUAUAGGCUCUCUGCCGUUGCCCCCUGCCCUGCAGGACUUCCUCAAGGAGUAUCACUAUAAACAGAAAGUACGAGUUCGUUGGCUGGAGAGGGAACCGCCACUCAAGGUCAAAUAGGGCGGGCUUCUCCAUUGCCUAUACACACACUGCAGGAGGAUUACAGAACUUUAGAAAUUCCUCAUUAGCCAAUUGGAGGCUCUACUGACAAGGCUUUCUUUGUGGUGGGGGAUGGAAUUUAAGCGUAACAAGCUAUACAAGAUUCAUUCUAAUCUUUGUUUUAGUUAUUACUUACAUCACAGAAAAUACAUAUGAUUAUAUUCAGUAUAACGCUGUCUGGCAAGCACGUUUUUGUGUUGUUUUGGCAGGGAGCAAAUGCACAAAUAUCAGUGAUUUGUGUCUUUUCUCUCCUGUUUUGUGCUAAAUGUCUGCCUGAUCCCACAACAUCACCCUGCCUGUAGACCUGCCUGCAUGCCUCCCUUGUUCAUCCCAAAUUGCUGUUUUGGCCCACAUGGCUAUGUUGUACAGCUCACCUUGUGCUUUCUCUAUUUUUUUUCUCUUCCUUAGCUUGUCAAAGCACCUAGUGGAGCACCCUCCCAGAGGAAGGUGUGUUUGGGUUGAGAGGGCAUCUGGAGGUGCUAUUGAAAUAUUGCAGUCAGAGCUUGUCCCAUGGAUAGAGCUACAUAAGGCACAUUCUUUGCCAUCUCAUUGCACACAUGAGCAUCAGCUAAACCAGAGAUGAGAACAGAUUCCAAUAGGGUCCACAGAGUUCAGGACGGAGCAUUGGGGAAAUAAAAUGUUCUCUAAGGACUAUAGAUUAGUCCUUAAAGAACACUAGUUCCUCUUUAAGCAGUAACAGUGAGCAAUGAAUAAUAAAUCAGUCUACUGUGUCCUAUACAGUGAGCAAGCUAAACUUGUCAGCUUCAUUCCUACUAUGUAGUAUUGCUUUUGAAACAUGACGGACAGAUUGUAAAGAAAUACUCUGACAAUUCUUGCCAUUGUUACAGUUGUCAAAGCAGUCUGUCAGUUCUUCACUGGCCACAAUACACUGUUGUGCAUAUAUGCACCCAGUUCAAUUCUUUCAGAUAGAAAUUUGAGUUCACAUUUAGGCAGCCUGCUGUCUAUUGCUUUAUAGUGUGAGGUUUUAUACAUGCUUCCUUAAGCUCAGUAUCUUUCGGUGGUAUCUGCUGUACAGAAAUCUUAUAUAUUCUGGUUGGUUAUUUUUCUUCACCAGACAUUUUAAACAUUGGCACAGCUAACUGUGCCCUUUGGUUACAGUAAGGAAGGCUAACAAGUCUUUUCAGAGGGAUUGAGGAUAUAUGUGAAAAGUGAUAGGUGAGGACAAUCAAUGAAAAAAUUCUGAAUACCAGUAUCUCUUUAAACGCUUUGAUUAGGAUUGGCCUUUGUCAUGAGAAGAGUUCCUAUAGUCAAAGAUCGUAAAUAGGAAGGGCAGCUAACCUCAAACGAACUUAAAAGACUUAAGCAUCUGCUUGAUAAAUUAGAGAAGUAUAACUAUAAGUGUUUAAAUUUCAGAUCUUUAAAAACUAUGUUAAAUUCCACAAUUUGUGACUUUGUUCUACAGGGUCUCAACCACAACUAAUCAUUGCCUAGAUGCAUUUGUAGUCAUAGCUUUGAGUGAAAGCAACUGGGCUCUCAACAAGUUGGACUAACCAUGACAGCUUUAGCAGUGCAGUCUGAAUGAUUUCAGUUGUGUGGAUUGGGACAAAAACACUGCUGGCUAGCCUGUCAUUUCUAUUAUCCUCUCAGCGCAAUGACAAAAUACGUGUCCCUAUGUGCCUUUUUAGAUAACCAUUUGUCUUGUUCCAUAAUCAGUUGCUUCAUAGUUUAAAGCAGAAGCAGGUGGUGCUUAAACACAGUCCACUCGGAUGCCAUCAAAUGAGACUGACGAGAAUAAUAAUGAAAAGGUGCAUGAGCUCUAAGCUCACUAAAUUAUGGUGCACGUUAAAGAUUAACGGAGAAAAUUUUAGUGGUGCUGAUUAUAGAAAUAGGUUGUACAUUAGAUCUGUUGUCACUCACUAUGCAUGCAUUUGUUUCUCUGUAUGGUAGUAUUAGGUUGUUAGUGGGUCCAAUGCCAGCUGUGCUGCUGUAGCAUAUUUCAGUGCAAGAUAUCAAUGUCCAGCCCUCACAUGUACAAGGUCUAGUCUGCAACUUGACAAACAGAUCUAGUGAGAGGGCAUGAGGGUUAACUCUUUACUAUGAGCACGAUAACUGGAUGAUUCAACAUCUGAUGACAACUCAGUGUUAUAACCAAGUCAUCAGCAGCAGUGUUUGCCAUACUACUCCUAAUUGAUAGUAUGGUGCUUUAACUGGCUUUUAAAAAAGUGACAUUAGUUGAACUUUUAAUAAUCAUGCACAUACCUGUAGGGGAUGAGAUUAGUGGAGAUAAGCAGAGGGAUUCCCUUUAAGGGUUUUAGCAAAAAUGUUUAGAAAUAUAAAUGUAAUUUACUGAAAAAUAUGUAGAUUAAACCCUGCUGGUAAUGUGUAAAACAAAAAUUUUAAAUUGAAACACACAAGCUCAUGAUCACUGGGAAGGUUAAUCUGUCAAGUUCUAAAACUCAUACUUCAGUCAGUGAGUGUGUGCGCUUAUGUGUCAGCCCACACACCCGUUAAAGAAUAUUCAAGUUCUCAUCAGUGAGAAUGAAUCAUGAACAAACAUUGUUUCUUUGCUCAUGAAUGUCUGAUUCUGUGACCAAAGCUCUUGCACACAUCUCAUUGUAUUAACUAGUAGGCUAAAACCUAUUGCUGUAUUCAGUGGUGUUAAGCUAAAUUAUAUUUCAGAUUUACAAACAAGUGAAGGCUAGUUCCAUACUAUGAUAUUUACAGCUUAAGGAUGCUCUCCUUUGUUAAAACAUGUUAUUAUGGGAAUGUCUGUCUGUGUCACAUAUACUUUUAUUCUAAUAGUAGACAGUUCUGCUGCUAGACAGUGUUCAUGUAUUUACAAUGCAGGUUAGUGAAGCUAUAAGGAUUGAAAUCUUUUCAUCAACCGAUAUUAGCUUUUUCCUCCACAUUCUGAGUUGAUCAAAAUUUACUGACAAUUUCCUCAAAUUAUUCUAUUUUCAAAAAGUGUAAAAUAUUUUUCAGUCCCCCAAACUUUGAUUUCAGAAAGCUUGAAUACUGCAUGUUAAUCCACCAAUAUGUGUUAAAGUGACAGGCGUGACGUAUUAAGAGGAAGCGAAUAAGGCUGACAUUUGACUUGCUUGCAUGUGCACUUUUUAUGUUUCAGGAUUUUUAGCAUCCACACUGAAAUAUAUAUCUGAAAACCCACACACCAUACAUCACUGUACAUGACUGUCUUUCUCGCUGCCACCUGUCUCUCUUGCUACUGCCUGGCAAUAGCAUACAGCUCCUUGCAGUGCCCCAUCCCACUUGCAGGCACUGAUCACAGGCUGCCAUGUUGGGAUGUAAAUUUACUGGGCACUAUAAGGGCCACUCUGUGUUUACCUUUUUGGCUGAUGUGUGACAAAGGGAGACCUUUAUUGUCAUUAUUAGAUCCAAUUGCUCUCUCUCCAUUUGGCCACAUCCCUGACACCGCUGUGGGGUAGAGUAAAUUUAAGGCCUGUUUGUCCUGUCCUUUACUCUCCAUUCAGUCCUGUUAGGGUGAUGUCUGAAGUGAACGUUAAGGAGCAGAAAAAGGAGAGAUGGAGCUGGCUCACUGAGGGCCUUGGUUUCCUGUUGUGGCAACGGCAUGCUCACAGAGAGGGCAAGGGAUUUGUCGAAGUAAAUAGCACUUUAAUUGUGUAUUUGUGUUCUGCAGUGCCAUCAGCGAGUAUUAGGACAGUGACUUGGCUUUUGUUUGCUCUCUACUCCAGCAUACUGGAUUUGAAAUGACAGUUGAGCUUUGUGACAGUUACGGGUUUAAUCCAUAUUUGGUGCCCAUAUUAGGAAUUGUUGCACUUUUUUUGUACAAAGGCACCCACUUCUAGAAACGAAUUUUGCAACUGAAGUCAUCAAGGUCAGUUUUGUGUGACUAAUCCCUGCUGAUCUAUUUGAUACUCUUGUAUGAGCAGACACUUUGUCAAUAGUGAUGUUCUGUAAGGCCUGAAAUUGCCACCCGAGGUCAGGUGAUUGACUUGGCCAGUUAAAAAGAUGGUGUUUUGGCCCUGACUGGUUGCCUUCUCUCUAUUUUGAGGAUCAUCGUGUGCCUACUUUGAUCUAAAAUUGGGGAAUUGCACUAUCCACAACCAUGAGGGACUUAAACACCCCCGAACACACUAGCGGAGAGCUCUCCUGUCUUUGUUUGAUUACUAAUAUGCUGCACUACAGAGCCAAAACAACUGAAAAAAUCCCACUGUUUUAAUACUUGUGGCCAGCACUGUAUGUGUGUUAGCUCAAGAUGGCGAAAUUUGGGUGAGUGUUGCGAAAGGAAAAAAAAAAAAAAGCCGUUGGUCCUGAAAUAUUUCACUUACAUUCAGGCAUUGUAAGCUGUGUUGAUGGAGCCGUAUUCUCCGCCUUGCUGCAGACUCGGUGCAUGUGUGUGUGUUGUGUGGGAGUAUAUUAGCGUAUGGACAGAGCCACACAGAGGGUUACCGUGGAGGGGUUGCAGAGUUGAGUGUGAGGGGUGAUCACAGUGACUCCUAUGAACAAUGCCUCUCUGCCCUUGUCCCACUCCUCUUAUUCUCAGGCAGGCCCAUUUGCAAGGAGAGUCCCAGGACCCUCUCAACCCAGUUUUCCCCAUGGGAAAUAUCUGACAUUAACCGUAGCACAUGUUUGCCAUAUAUCCUGUAGAUUUAGGAGGAAAAAAACAUUGUAUGUAUGAUGAAUGAUGGAUUUAUGUAAUAGCCCAAUGAAAAGACAUUUUAUUCUUCUGUGGUGCAUAAACUGUCUGGAACACACAUGCAUUUUCACACACUUACUGUUAAAGCUUCUUCUGACACCUGCACUACCCCAGGUAUUGACACACACACCCACACCUCCCACCACCCCACCCUUAGCAAGGGAUGCGUAAACAUGGACCACAUUUAACCAGCACCACCUUUCUAUACGAAUCUCCCCAACAAAGGAAGGCAAAGAUGGGUGAUCUGUGUAUAUUCUCUGUUCUUACGACAAACAAAAUACCGUGAAUUUAACUAUUUUGACCCUAUGUUGUCAUGAGUAUGAUGACACUAUUUAACUGCACUAUGGGAGCCUCAUUUGUGGCAGGAAACCACUGGGUCUGGUCUGGGAUCAGACUGGUUUGUGCCGUUAGCUAUCCCAUUAAACCAACAGCAAUACCCCUGGAUGGAGGACUCCCCCACCCCACCCCCACCUCGGUACGACUCGUGGUUUCAGAUCUUAGAGGACAACAAAAAAGAGAUAUUUAAAAAAAAAAAAAUCAUGUUCCCAUAUAUAUUUUAGAAAACUGGGUUAAGUGCGAUAUGCAAACAGAAAAAGAUGUAUGAAAGAAUUAUUAUUUUUCAUUAUUACUUCUCCCUAAUAUGCAAUGGAGUGUAGUGUAACAAUGGUUGCAAUCCUCUGUCACUUUAAUGCUGUAUGUGCACAUUGGUUGCUGUGUGGAUGUGGGUGCCGAGGCAACAGGACUUGACAAUGAUGGGAACUAAUGGUUGUCACUGCAGCACCGCAGUGUUCCCAGACUUUCUUAUUCGUUCUGGCCAAUCACAAAAGCCCUUUAAAUCCGGGGCCACAGCCACUGCCACAGGCUGACCACGCUGUCGUCAGACGAAUAUCGCUGUUCUGUUUUCUUCUGCUUUUCCUCACUUUUUCUUUUCUUCUGUUGUCAGGUAGGAUUUGGAGCGUGUAAAUGGCAUAAUCAUGUUCACAUUUCACUGUCUGUUCUGUGUAACUGCUUCACCAUUCAAAGAGAAAAAAAACAGUUGUUUUCCAGUAUAACCUGUUCAUUUUUAAGAGCCGUAUGAUGCGACACUUGUAGCUGUCACUCUUGGUGCUUGGCUUAUGCUUCAUUGUCUUAAUAUUCCAAAUAAAACUGUUAAGUGUAA